AUGUUGAAGACUUAUGAAUUAUUGUUUCUCUGGGCGUCCACGAACAUUCACUCGACAUCUGUGCUGCAAUCCAGUCUCAUAACAAUGUUUUCUCGUACACAGGUGGUACCUCUAGAUUGGUGGCCCGUUAGUAGAGACUGUCUCGCUUACGGUGUCACGGUUGCAAUUUUAAUAUGCAUUAUACACGACGAACGGGUGGAAUGGUACGAAGCGUUAACGUUGGUGCUCUUGUACAUUGUUUAUAUCGCCGUGAUGUAUUGGGAUAAAUCGUUCCAGCGGUGUACGAGAUUCCGUACGAACGACGAUCAGAUAUCCUCGGACAGCCGACGAGUUACGACAGACGCUAGCGAUAUUCACUUACCGAGACCGGAUAAAUUGCAAUCGCCCGUGGAUCGUGUCGAGCCAAUAGCCACCAUUGACGUGCCGCUGCAAAACGGCGGAACGAAGACGCAGGAGGAGAAUCCGGAUCCUAAUUACGAGUACGAGCUGUUGGUGUGGCCGGCGCGCGCCGGGUGGUUAAGGAAGACCGCUUGGGUCACAACAUGGCCUAUUCAUUUGAUAUUCAUGUGCACAAUCCCCGAUUGCGAGAAACCCAGAUUCAAGAACUGGUUUCCCGUCACGUUUCUGAUGUGCAUCAUUUGGAUCGGGUCGCUCAGCUACGUGGUAGCGUGGAUGAUCACUAUAAUCGGCGACACACUCAAGAUCCCAGAUUCCGUAAUGGGUAUAACCUUCCUCGCAGCGGGAACCAGUGUGCCCGAAGCCGUGUCGAGCGUGAUCGUCGCGAAGCAAGGAUCGAACACGUUCGACAUACUGCUGUGUCUCGGAUUACCGUGGCUGAUCAAGUCGUCCUUUUCGCCCACGCAGCCCGGGAGGCACUACAUCAGUAUAAAUUCCGGCGGGCUGGAAUACAGCGCGAUAUCGUUACUGUCGACGCUGAUGCUGCUGUACAUCGCGUUCGCUUCCAACAAGUUCCAGCUCGAUACAAAAGUAGGCCGUGCCUGUCUGUGCAUGUACGCCGUGUUCCUUAUACUGGCGUCGCUGAUCGAGCUCAACGUAUUCUUCAUGGUAAAUCUACCCACCUGCCAAAGGACGGUGAAAUGA